AUGGAGCACCGUGUCGAGGUGAUGCCAGAAAACAGCACCAAGCACGCCAACGGUCGAUUGAACAUCAUCAGAGGAAUUCUACUGUUGCUUUUUGGAAUCGUGAUCGGAGUCUUGGCCGUUACAGCGAUUUACGAAAUGUAUUUAGUUGAUCCACAUAAAUUACCCACCUGUGAUGCCAAAAACAAAGCGUUGAAAGAGGGCAGGUCAUCGGAGAGUCAAUCUUUGGAAAUCCUCAACGGAACUCUGGAAAGCUGUCGUGCCGAGAAGGACGUUUUGGAAGAAGCGAAGAAUGCUUCGGAAAUUUUCAAAGCAAAGCUGACAACAUGUGAAGCGAACAACAAAGUGCUACAAGAGGAGAAAUCAUCGGAGAGUAAAUCUUUGGAAAUCCUCAAUGGAACUCUGGAAAGCUGUCGUGCCGCGAAAGACGGUUUCACAAAGGAUGCCCAAGGGGAAGUGGUGAAAUAUCGUUGGAAAAACGCCGAAGACAAUUGUGUGUACUGGGGAGGACAUUUGGUGUCGAUUCACUCAAAGGAGGAGUUCGAAUUCGUGAAUGAUCUAAUCCAAUUCGAUGUAAAAUCAUUAAAUGAAGACGCUACGGAGAGCAAUGCUUGUUAUGGAUCAGACUUCUAUGCGUGGAAUGGUCUCCAUUUUGUGAAUGGGAGAAGAAAAUGGAGUGAUGGGACACCGGAUGAUUAUAUUGGGCAAGAUCGAUCGAAGAACACUCUCUACUACAUGAUGUGCAACGAUAUCUCGAAUGUCCCUUCAGCCAAUGAACUCUACGUUUCGGAAGAGCCUGACGAUGUUAAUGCGAGAUUCGUUUGCAAGAAAGACGCCAAUGAA